CUUGACUACUACGGAGCGCUGGCUUCAUGUUUGCUACUUCAGUGUCAGCAGGAGUAAUAGUACUGUGGAUUUCACGACUUAGAUGCAAGACGUCACCCAGGGGGAUGGCUGGCUUUAACAGGGAUCAUGCCCAGUGGUGGAAAGGUUCAUUGACGAUACGGGGAAAAUUGUACCACGUGGCAGACGCUACAUACCUAGUGAGCCUUGGAUUGAUAUCUGACCCUUUUUCGAGCUUGAAGGUCGCACAGUGAUUUUCGGGAGAGAAGGUGACGAUCUG